ACGACUCAUUACCUGAACUAAUGUUGUACUAAUCUUCUCACAAAUCAAUGUUAGUUUAAAACGACUUCUUCUUCUUCCUUGAAUUUUCUUCUUAAUUAAUGUUGUAAUGUAAGCAUUACUUUACUUGUACACAUUUAAAUACUUGAAUCCCACGCCUCUGAAUAUCUCAUGAAGAGAUGAACAACCUGAAGCUAGCAGUGGAGGUGGUGCGAGCCCACAACCUCCUCCCCAAAGACGGGCAGGGCUCGUCCAGCGCUGCCGUGGAGCUCCUCUUCGAUGGCCAGAAGUUCCGCACCACCAUCAAGGAGAGAGACCUCAACCCCUUUUGGAACGAGACCUUCUACUUCAACGUCGCCAACCCCCUCGACCUCCGCCACCUCACCCUCGAGGCUCACCUCUAUAGCAUCAAUCGAGCCACCUCCAAGAAACACUCCCUUGGGAAGGUCCGGAUCAACGGCACCUCCUUCGUCCCCCUCUCUGACUCCGUCGUCUUCAACUACCCCCUUGAGAAAAACAGCCUUUUCUCCUCCACCAGAGGCGAGCUCGCCUUGAAAGUCUAUCUCACUGGCGAUCCCACCCCUAGUCAUCACUACGCCUCCUCCUCGUCCUUCUCUAGCCUGCAUUCGAUCCAUGAUGAACCAUCACCCCGUUCUCACAGGCGCGAGGAGAAGGCGUCCCGGUCUAGGCGCAGUUUGUACACUCUUGCUGGCUCAGAUCGUAGUCAACACCACCAGCCGCAGCAGCAACAACAACAACAACCACAACAGCAGCAGCAACAACCACAACAACAACGGCCUUCUUCUUCUUAUACAAUGCCAUUGUACCAAACAACGCAAUACAACGCUAGUGAGAUGAUGUUCGAGCCUCAGCCAUCACAGUCUGCUCGAAUGCAUCUGAACACAUCGUCCCAGCCUAAUGAUUUCUCACUCAGAGAAACGAAUCCGGUCCUCGGAGGGGGGCGGAUUAGGGCUACCAGCACGUAUGAUCUCGUGCAGCCUAUGCAGUUUCUCUUUGUUCGUGUUGUGAAGGCACGGGACCUCCCGUCCAAGGACGCCACAGGGAGCCUCGACCCCUAUGUGGAGGUGAAGCUGGGUAAUUACAAGGGCGUUACUCGCCAUUUCGACAAGACAAAGAAUCCAGAAUGGAACACAGUGUUCACGUUUUCAAAGGACAGAAUGCAAGCCACUGUUUUGGAAGUUGUGGUGAUGGACAAGGAUGUGAUCAAGGACGAUUUUGUGGGUGUGGUGAAGUUCGACCUUCACGAGAUCCCAAGACGGGCCCCUCCGGACAGCCCAUUGGCGCCCGAGUGGCACCGACUCGAGGACAGCAAGGGCGAGAGGAAGCACGGGGAGCUCAUGGUUGCAGUUUGGAUAGGCACACAAGCUGAUGAGGCCUUUGCUGAUGCUUGGCAUUCCGAUGCAGCUAGCCUCGUCGACACCUCCACCUCAACCGCACACAUCCGGUCCAAGGUGUACCAUGCGCCCCGGUUGUGGUACGUGCGCGUGAACGUGAUUGAGGCACAGGAUCUCGUCACGCAUGACAGGAACCGGUACCCUGUCGUGCACGUGAAGGCCCAAAUCGGGAACCAGGUCCUGAGAACAAAGCCAGUCCAGUCACAGACCUCGAACGCGUCAUGGAACGAGGACCUCAUGUUCGUUGCCGCUGAGCCCUUCGACGACGAUCAGCUGGUGAUAUCAGUUGAUGAUCGCGUCGGGCCUAACAAAGAGGAGUCUCUUGGCAAGGCUUUUGUGCCGUUGGCAACGAUUGAGAAAAGGGCCGACGACAGAGUGGUGCACACAAAGUGGUGGCACCUGCAGAAGCCGAGUGCCAACGAGGCUGUGGAGCCUAAGAGGGAUCAUUUUGCGAGCCGGAUCCAUCUCCGGAUCUGCCUCGAUGGAGGCUACCAUGUUCUAGAUGAAUCCACGCAGUAUAGCAGUGAUCUCAGGCCAACAGCAAAGCAGCUUUGGAAACCGCCUGUAGGCGUGCUUGAGCUUGGAAUCUUGAAUGCCGAUGCCCUCACACCUAUGAAGAGUAGAAACGGUCGAGGGACUUCAGACACAUUCUGUGUGGCCAAGUACGGACAGAAAUGGAUUCGAACUAGAACUAUCACCGAUAGCUUGAACCCCAAGUUCAAUGAGCAGUACACUUGGGACGUUUACGAUCCGGCCACAGUUCUAACUGUGGGCGUUUUCGACAACGGCCACUUUGGUGGUUCCAAUGGCCACAGAGACCUCAAGAUUGGGAAGGUUCGGAUCCGGAUCUCGACCUUGGAAACAAAUCGUGUUUACACGCAUUCGUAUCCGUUGGUCGUUCUUCACCCCUCGGGGGUGAAGAAGAUGGGAGAGCUGCAUUUGGCAAUCCGAUUCACAUGCACGUCGAUGCUCAACAUGAUGUCCUUAUACUCGAGGCCUCUCCUGCCUAAAAUGCACUACGUAAGACCAUUGUCGGUGGCGCAGCUUGACACGCUGCGCUACCAAGCGGUCAACAUCCUGGCAGCACGUCUGAGCCGGGCUGAGCCGCCUCUCCAAAAAGAGGUGGUAGAAUACAUGAGUGAUGUAAACUCACAUCUAUGGAGCAUGAGGCGAAGCAAGGCAAACUUCAACAGAUUGAUGGCGGUCUUCAAUGGCAUCUUCGCUGUCUCAAAGUGGCUCAACGAGGUCUGCCAAUGGAAGAAUCCGGUCACAACGGUGCUCUUGUACGCCCUCUUUGUCAUACUAGUGUUCUUCCCCGAGUUGAUCCUGCCAACGAUGUACCUAUACAUGUUCCUCAUCGGACUCUGGAACUAUCGGUUCAGGCCGAAGAAUCCACCACACAUGAACAUGAGGUUGUCGUGGGCAGACACCGCGACGGCCGACGAGCUCGACGAGGAGUUUGACACGUUCCCAACGGCUAGAAGUGGUGAUACUCUGCGGAUAAGGUACGAUCGUCUGCGGAGCGUUGCUGCCCGGAUACAGAGAGUGGUGGGGGACGUGGCGUCGCAGGGGGAGCGGGUGCAGGCGGUUCUGAGCUGGCGGGAUCCUCGCGCCACCAUCAUAUUCAUGGCCUUCUGCAUUGCGUCAGCCGUGGUGUUCUACGCCGUGCCUCUUCAGCUGCUGAUAGUCACUGCCGGAUCCUACGCCAUGAGACCUCCCAAAUUCCGACGCAAGCUGCCUCCAGCGCCGCUCAACUUCUUCCGCCGCCUGCCUGCUAGGACUGAUAGCAUGUUGUGACCACCUAUAAAUACUGUUUGUAAAUUUCUGAAUGUUACACUUCAACUAAGUUCCAAUUUUCACAGCAAAAA